GAAUUUUUCCCACUACUAUUUCUCUUCUCUCGGAAACGCCGCUUCUCUUUUUCUUUUUCUUUUUCUUUCAAGUACAAAUUCCGGUCGACAUUUAGGAUCGAAAUUCAGUGGUAGAACCAAAGUUUGGAGGAGGAGGAAGAUGAUGAUGUUUUUGGAUUCAAAUUUAAACCAAGGACCAGCAUUCCACAUACUGGAGGAUUUAUUCUGUUAACUUUUCAUCAUACAACCUCAUGAAGAAGCUUAUCCCCAAACCCCCCAGGGGUGAGAUCUACUUCUAUCACGUGUCAGUCUGAGUUGGUAAUCAUCUUACAUUUUAUACAAGUUGACGCUUUGGAGAUUCGGAUUGUUGAAUUUGGAACACUUUUAUUUACAGAAACAGAAUUUGCAGCAACAUAUGCUUGGAGAAAACUAGUGAUACCAGUUUUGGUUUGAGCUUCAGUUUCAUGUUCUCUGGUACAGUUUUUGCGUGCUAUAUUUUGAAUCAUAGUAACAACAAAGAAAGGAUCAGCUGCUGCAAAUUUGCAGGUUGAGUUAUCUGUGCUUGGUAAUGAAGUGGAUGACAAGGUCCACAAUUUCUUCGAGCAGGAAAACUUGUCCAAGGGGCAGCAUUAGCCACAAGUUGCUCGUGGAAAUUGGCCUUUUUUUGACACCAAUACAUUGGCUCGAAACCAAAGACAGAUUGAGAUCCCUUCCAUUUCCAAUUUUAAGAAUUACAAUCCAGUGAUAUCAGAUUCUGUGGUAAGCAAUGGGUGGCACUUUUCAGAAACGCGACCUGGCUUAGGUAUUGCAUGAUUGUCGCUACGCCUGAGUUAAGUGUUUGUUAGGCAAUCUGGGAAUCAGCAUCUGAGUUUGAAUGGGUCGUUUUUGCAUGAGCAACAAGGUCAUGCACGACAGUAUCGGGGUGAGCUUAGCGGAGGGUGUGCAAAAUCGGAUACAUAAUCUUGCAUCGAGGGGCUUAUCAUUUUGUGAACCUUGGCUAAGGAAUGCUCCAGAACUCAGUCCUGCCUUGUCAAGAACUUAAAACAGUGAGAAAUUGGUCAUAUGAGUUUUAAUUUUUUCGGUGGUCAACAGCAGAUCACGAGGCCCCACAACCAGGGAUGCCGCUACAUGGGCCAAGGCUGCAAAUGGGGGUUACUGAGAUGCACGCAUGGCAACCGCAAAUUAUGUAUAACCAGUUGCAAGACAUUCAGAGGCAGCGACAACUAGACCAAGAAUCAAGAGAACUGAACCGGAUGAACCAGCUGUCCGCUACCUCAAAUCAGUCAACUGGUGAUCUGUUACCAAGACUUGGUAAUGAGUUACAUAUUCACAAUGCAUCUAGUAAUUUCCGGCUAGCCGAGCACAUGAGAGGUGAUUCUAAAGUACCGACUACUUCAGAAAUGCCUAUGGUUAGUAACACAAACUGGUACCAGAAUGGUGGUUCCUCUGCAGCGUAAAGAUACCCUGCUGGGCUUAUUUCAUCGUUUGAGCAGGGUCAGGUACCACAUUCAACGGGGUUCGUUCCUGAUCAGCUUGAUCAGUCUCUAUAUGGUGAAUGCAUCAGCUGAUGAUUUUCAUUGGAAGCAGCAGCAAGCAGAUUGGCCUGAAAAUACACAGGAGAAAAAUGGUUUGGAUGCUUCUUCUGGUGGUAGUAGCACCGUUACAGGAAGCUACGAACCCUUCGAUGGGUUUUCAACUAUGCAGAGUGGAACCUGGAGUGCACUGAUGCAGUCCGCCGUGGCAGAAACUUCUAGUAAUGACACCGGGAUACAGGAUGAGUGGAGUGGUUUAAGUUCUCAUACGACACAAAUGCCAACUGGGGCUCUGGAUGCAACUAUGUGUGGCAGUUCAAAACAGGGAAAAGAUUGGGGUGAUCAAAAUAUGAACCAUGUCUCUUCUGUGACUUCAAGACCCCUUCAGUUGUUUGAUGAUUCAACUAUGGAUCGAAGCGGUGACAGUGCCUCUCGUGAAUAUGCUGGCCAGCCUCCUGGAGGAUCUAUCAAAUGGUUAAAUCAUAGCUCUGAACAUAUGCCACACACACUUGCUGAAGAUAGUUAUCCGGUGCAGCCGCACAUGCAUCCAGAAAAAUCUGCUGGAGCAGCUUGGCCUGGUCCAAUUUAUGAGGAGUCAAAAAAUGCUGCUCAUUUUGGGGACAUAGGGUUAAAUGCUCAAAACAUGGAUGGCUUUUGGAUCCAAGGGCAUACAUUUCCAUCUGAUAACACUGAAAACCAAAUUCGGAAUAGACAGAAUGGUUUGAGUACGAGAGAGAUACCGUCGGCUAAUGGAUUUGUGUCACUGACAGUGCUUGAGAACAAUAGCACCAUGCAACACAAUCAAACAAAUGAUCUUAACAUAGGAAUGCAUCUGGUGAGGGAUCAUGAUGGUGGGAUGUUGAAUGGUUGUGAUAAUCAUGAUGCCAAGAGAGAAUCUUCUUACAUGAGGAAGUCUACAGCUGGGCCGAAUUCAGACCUGGCCAAGGUCAAUCAGCCAGCAAACCUGCAGGUCCAAAAUAAUAAUCAUAUUAAGUUCGGAAACCAUGUUGAUUCCUUGGUUAAAUACAGAGGAGAUGAUACUACGACAAAUUGUCAAAAUCAGGGGAACAAAAAUGGUCCAAGAGAGACUUUGUUGUCAAGUCCUAGUGAUUCUCGUUCUUUGGGGAAGGGUAACAAAAAAUUCAUGAGUCAAGUUGGUCGGAAGGUUUCUGGGGUUCGCAAAUUUCAGUAUCAUCCAAUGGGAGAUUUGGCUGCAAACGUGGAACCUGUUGACAAAAGGGUUCAGAACCUGUCACAGCAUGUCAGUGGUGGAUCUAGAGGUAUUGGGCAAGGUUAUUCUGGUUACGGCAAUUCUGCUCAAAUAGUUACUCAGGGGGAGACAUGGUUAAAUCCCACUUCUUCUGUGCAGCCUCCUAGCAGAGGCCAUUGGGACAGUAAAUCUGGUAUAUCUGGUGAAGCAAAUGAAACCUUGCAGCAAAAGAUGCCUGCUGGAACAUAUACAGGCACUUUGCCAUAUCAAAGACAUCAGUUGCAGCAUCAACAGGUCGGAUCUGGUGCAAGUGCAAACAUAAACACAGAUCAUACUCCUGGCACGACUAUUAAAAUUCCGCCUUUUAAUCUUUCUCAGGUGCAUCAUUCUCAGCUGACGGGCAGCGAGUUGAGGGUUCCUGCGCCACCUCUCUCAGUGCUGGAGUCUACACCUGUCUCUAGACCUUCUGCCUCGUUGGGAGUUUCACUGGGUUCGUUUCCAAUGACUUCAAAAAAUUCGUCCAGUCCCCAGUGUGGGGGAAGUUCAGCACUUUCCAUUAAUACGUCAAAUAGGAAUAUGGGAAGAACCUCAUGGGUCCAGAAACAAGAUUAUCAGGGUACCAAGAAAAUGGGAGAUUUAAAGCACUACGCCAACGGGGAAGAGCAAACUGGGAAGAAAAGCUCCUUGCAAGAGGUUCACCUUGGUCGAGACACGUCGAGUGCGUCCCGAGGGCAAGAAUCUUCUGAAAAGCAUCUGCUUGAUGCAAACUCCAUUGCUUCAGAUUCUUUGGCGGCCCCCCCUCAUCAUCAGUCACUUGAUAUAAGAUGUGGGAAAGAUCCAAUCUUAGUCCCACUAACAGAAUAUGUUUCCCUUCAGAACCAAAGCAGUUCAAACAGGAGACAGAUCCUGAUCAAUGAGGUAAUUGUAACUGCCAUGCAGAAGUCAGUUUUAUCUGAAAAUGACAGAGUUCAUAAUUGUUCAUCAGAGGUAAGAGAGGAUACAAAUUCAGCUCAACACUUUCCUGAAGACUUACCAUCUCAAGAUGUGUCUGCAUUCAGUGGUCGUAAAAAAUUGCAAGACUGCUCUGAUCAUCAUAAUUUUACGUCCACUAAACCUGGAAAUACCCAGAUUAGUCCCCAGAUGGCACCUUCUUGGUUUGAGCAGUAUGGUGCCUACAAAAAUGGAAAGAUGCUACUAGUCAAUAAUAUAAGGAAGCUAGAAGAAAGUAAAGGGAGUUUGCUUCCAGCGAAUUCUUCUGAGAGUUUGAACACUCGUAUUAUGAUAGAGCCUGCAAAUGUUUUUCAUACCAGUCAGUCAAAGCAUAGCCACCACCUCGGCAGCCAUGAGCAUGUUUCUCCUCCUCGCUCUCUUCCCUCACAGGUGACUGAUCAGAGUUUGUCUGUAAUGAAGCCAAAGAAGCGCAAAAGUGAAGGUUUGGAUCUUUUGCCAUGGCAUAAAGAAGUAAUGCGUGGUUCUCAAAGGCUUCUAAACAUCAGGAUGGCAGAAAAAGACUGGGCACAUGCUACACAUCGGUUGUUAGAGAAGAUGCCACUUUCCUAUGAGUCGGUGGUGUAUAUUAUUGCUAAAGUAGCAUUAGAGGACGCGUGCAGCAUGGUUCCUAGCACAGGAAGUGAUUUGAGCUCAACAGUGGACAACAGAAAUCAGAUACCUGGAGAGCUUAAACUUUCUGAGAGACUGGGUGAUAAAUAUUCAUCGAAGUCAAAAAUUAUUGAAGACUUCACUAGUAGAGCGAAGAAGCUGGAAUUGGAUUUGUUGAGAUGGGAGAAGACUUGUUCAGUGUUGGACAUAAGAGUGGAAAGCCAGGAACUCGAAAAAAUCUCUGUCAUCAACUGUUUUGCUAAGUUCCACACCAGGGCCCAACCAGAUAGUGCUGAGAACUCAAUUUCCACCACCUCCCAAAGAUAUGUUAUUUCGCUUUUAAUGCCUAGGAACUUACCCCAUGGGGUACCAUGUCUUUCACUCUAGUCGAUCAAUAAUUAACCGGUUCAUCCCACAUCUCUUUUGUCUCUCUCAUAUCGUUUGUUAUACUCACAAUGCUGUUAUGUUUGAUCUCGAUGAAGAGUUUUAUGUAAAGAAGAACUAGUGAACAAGGUAGUGAAGGGACUCGGAGUACUCUCUUUCUUUUGGGAGAGUCCAACUCCCCUUGUUCUGAUAGUUGAGGCCAUCCAUAUAAUUUUGAUCAGCAUGUACAUAACUUUAUAGCAGAGUCUCCAUGUUCUUUGCUUUUUCUUUUUUUCUUAAACACUGGGAUGGCCUUCUGGUUUUCUACAAAGGAAAAAUUGUAACGAGUUCCUAUAUGAAGAUUGUAGAGAGACAGAAUGACAAGAA